AUGACAACAGAAAGUGAUCAGUUUUUGAUUGACGGUCGGCCUGUUCCGGAGCUUAAAGUAGUUGAAUUGCGAAAGGAAUUGGAGAUUCGAAGUUUGCCAAAGUCUGGUAACAAAAAGGAGUUGGUUGAUCGUUUACUUAAUUUUCUGCGAGAAGAACAAGAAGAAUUAACCAAACAACAAGAAACACCUCAGGAAGAGGGUAAUCAAGAAGAGAAACAAUCACCAACGGCUUCUCAUUCUUUACCUGAUAUGGUCAGUCAAUAUUUAGUUCAACAACAAAUUCAACUUGAAGCGGCGAGGCGUGAUGCCGAUAAAAUUCGUGCUUCUUCAUCAUAUGAUCCAACUUCUACUGAUAUUCAAACUCAAAUGGUUCAACAAUCAGAACGUCAACUAAUUGGUAAUGAGAUUCCAGAAACUUCUGAAAAUUUUCCUCAAGACCACGAAGAAGAUACUAACGAAUAUGUGCCUGAAGAGCCAUCUGGCAGUCCUCAAGAACAGUUGCAGCCAACUGAAACACAUUUACAACAGACCGAGACCGUUGAGGUUCUUCAAGAGGACUCGCAGCAAGAAGCUUCUGAAGAAGACGAGUCAGAAUCUGACGGCAAGGGACGACCUUCUACAGAAUCUUCGGUUACUGAAGAAGGUUAUGCUGAUAUUGGAGGUGAUGAGGACACAACGCCAGCGGCCGAGGAAAUUCAAAUUGCACAUCAAGAAAGAAUUAUUGAGCCAAAUGCAAAAGAUGGACAUGUUGAACAACAAGGAGAUGAAGAACAGAGUCAGUCUUUUACCGAGGAAAAUGCUGAAGUUGAAGGAAGUACAGAGUUUGUGCCUGAUGAACCGGAACAUAAAAAGAGAAGGUCGGAGACUGAUUAUGAGGAACCAAAUAAUGGCUCCACAAAAUCUGCAGAAGAAUCUACUGCUAAAGAUGAGGAAUCUGAUAUUGAGGUUGGAAGUCAGAAAGAAAAUAGCGAUGAUGAAUAUGAACGUGAUGAUAUUGUUGAUGAUGCUGGAAAGCGUAGACGACAGACAUCUCCUUUUGGGAAAAAGAAAAUGGAUAAAGGAGGUCUGGAUGAAACUAGAAGAAUUGGAGAAAAUGAAGAGGAAGGUGCUGAAGAUAAAUUAAAUGAAGGUGAAUUUUCGUCUCAAACUGUCCCCAUGGCUGUUGCUCAGCAAAUCUCUUCUACUGCUGAAUCAAACAGAACUGAACGUCGACGCUCGUCUACAUUAACAGGUGUUGAAAUGUUAGAAUCCAGCAAACCACCUAUUGAACAACAGAAGGAAGAAAUUACUCCGGAUGGAUUUAUUAGGAAAAGAGCGGCUUCUCCUGCGAGAAACCCGCCCUCUCGUUGGGUGCACAUCCGGGGUCUUAAACGUCCAUACACUCAACGAGCAUUGUUGGAACUGCUUGGUAAGUUUGGUAUAGUUGAUGAAGGUGCAUUUUGGAUUGAUUCUAUUAAGAGCAACUGCAUUGUGACGUAUGAAACAAUCGAGCAAGCAGAACUUGCCCGGGAACGCCUUCACAAUGUCAUUUGGCCAACUGCUAGUACAGAUUCUCUUUGUGUUGAAUUUUCUACCGACGAUAAACUGAGACGGCGACAGGCGGAGGAACAAAGCGAAUCGAAUUCAAAAUUGCGUAGAAAUGAUAUGCUCGGUUCAUUACCAGAGAAUGGAGGAAGAAGUGGUGGAGGACUUGGUGGCCUUACUAUUGUUGUUGACAACCGGCAUCCAAUUUCAUCUUCGGGAGCUCAAGUGCAUAUUCAACAUGAGAAAGAACAACAACGAGAAGCAGAAAUUAGAAAGCGGAAAGCAGAGGAACUGGAAAAAUCACAGGACAAGCUUAAUCAACUUUUUAAGAAGACAAAAGUUCAACCUUCACUUUAUUUUUUGCCAUUAUCUGAUGCUGAGGCUGCUCAACAUCAAGCAAAUAAAAUUAAAAAACAAUCUUCAUCAACAAACAAAAACAAUUCUUCAACUCGUGAUCGACCGCGAGAACAUCGCAGAGACAACGACAAUCAUCAUCAACGUUCUUCACAUCAUUCAUCUCAUCAAAAAAAUGAAAAUGAUCGGCGAAGGAUGGCAACUUCUGGCAAUAGGCGCUAA